CACCCAAAUCUCAUCAUUUGUGAGUUCAAUCCAACCCUAGAAGUGUCAUUAUCUCCAAAUUUGUCUGUGAAAAUGUCAGGUCGUGGAAAGGGAGGCAAGGGAUUGGGCAAAGGAGGAGCCAAGAGGCACAGGAAGGUCCUUCGUGAUAACAUUCAGGGUAUCACAAAGCCAGCUAUUCGUAGGCUCGCACGUAGGGGUGGUGUGAAGCGUAUAUCAGGUUUGAUCUACGAGGAGACACGUGGAGUCCUCAAGAUCUUUUUGGAAAAUGUGAUUCGUGAUGCUGUAACUUACACUGAGCACGCUAGGAGAAAGACUGUUACUGCUAUGGAUGUUGUCUACGCUCUUAAGAGACAAGGCAGGACUCUCUAUGGUUUUGGUGGUUAGAUCCUGGAGUUUGGUAAUAAUUGUAGAUUUUAGUUUACAUUUGCUUUGUUGCUGUGUUGGUUUCUCUCUCUAGUGUUGUUCUGUGUUUUGUUAUUAAGCUCUAGUUAUUGUAAUUUCUUAUUACAUAUUCAAGGAACAAUCUUCACUUUCUGAAAUUACAA